CUCCGGCCGCGACGACGGCUCCGGCCAUGGACGAGCAGGCGGGCCCCGGCGUCUUCUUCAGCAACAACAACAACAACAACGCGCUGUUGCUGCCGCCGCCUCCGGGCGGGGCCGGGCCGGGCCUGGAGCCGGGGGAGGCGGCGGCGGCGGCGGCGGCGGCUGCCGGGGGCUCCUCGGCCGCGCCGGCGCCGGCCUCUGCGGCGCGGGCUCAGUACAGCGUCCCCGGCAUCCUGCAUUUCCUGCAGCACGAGUGGGGCCGCUUCGAGGCCGAGAGAGCCGAGUGGGAGGCGGAGCGGGCGGAGCUGCAGGCCCAAAUUGCCUUUCUUCAAGGGGAAAGAAAAGGACAAGAGAAUCUGAAGAAGGAUCUAGUGCGAAGAAUAAAAAUGUUGGAAUAUGCUCUUAAACAGGAAAGAGCUAAAUACCACAAGUUAAAAUAUGGCACAGAGUUAAAUCAGGGAGACAUGAAACCUCCCAACUAUGAUUCUGAUGAAGGGAAUGAAACUGAAGUCCAUUCACAGCCAAAUAGCCAGCUAAUAUGGAAACAGGGACGCCAGUUGCUCAGGCAAUAUCUGCAAGAGGUGGGAUAUACUGACACGAUACUAGAUGUGAAGUCAAAACGGGUACGGACUUUGCUGGGCCUCUCAGGUGAUGGGCCAGCCGGGGAAAACGACAGGAACCAAGAAUCAAUGGUGAACGGCACAGAGGCUGAGAUUAAAGAAAAAGUGAUGAUUGGGAAACCAGAUUUGACAGACUCUGCCUCACUGCUAGAGACGUUUAAAUUCCUUGAAAAUGCUGCUGCUGAAUUUAGUGAUGAAGAAGAUGAUGAUGAUAAUGACGGGAGAGAGAGAACAAUCAUGGAUACUUCAACGAUUGUCAGGAAAAGGGUGAUGUCUGAUAGCAGUGAAGACAGAGAUACAGAAGAAGCCUUGAAGGAGUUUGAUUUCUUGGCGACAUCUGAUGAAGGAGAUGGAGAAUCCAGAAGUUCAGGAGAUGGUACUGACUGGGAAAAGGAAGACCAGUGUCUCAUGCCUGAAGCCUGGAAUGUGGACCAGGGAGUAAUAACCAAACUGAAGGAACAAUACAAAAAGGAGCGCAAGGGGAAAAAGGGGGUGAAGAGGCCCAACAGGUCAAAACUGCAAGAUAUGCUUGCUAAUUUGAGAGAUGUUGAUGAUCUGCCCUCAUUGCAACCAUCAGUUGUACCACAAACUAGACCAAGUACUUCACGACUUAUUGAACACGAGAUCAACAGAACAGAUGAAGUGGAAGCUUUAACGUUCCCUCCUUCAUCUGGAAAAUCUUUUAUUAUGGGAACAGAUGAGGCCCUUGAAAGUGAACUUGGUCUUGGAGAAUUGGCAGGUCUCACAGUAGCGAAUGAGGCAGAUUCACUGACAUAUGAUAUUGCAAACAAUAAAGAUGCCUUGAGAAAGACCUGGAAUCCCAAGUUUACCUUAAGGAGCCAUUUUGACGGAAUAAGAGGUCUAGCUUUCCAUCCUGUUGAGCCAGUGUUAAUUACAGCAUCAGAGGACCACACAUUAAAAAUGUGGAAUCUACAAAAAACUUCUCCAGCAAAAAAGAGCGCUUCCCUUGAUGUUGAACCUAUAUACACUUUCAGGGCACACAAUAGUCCAGUGCUAUGUGUCGUAAUGAGUAGCAAUGGGGAGCAGUGUUACAGUGGUGGAACAGAUGGUCUCAUUCAAGGUUGGAAUACCACAAACCCGAAUGUUGAUCCCUAUGAUUCUUACGAUCCCUCCGUCUUAAGAGGUGCAUUUGUAGGCCACACAGAUGCUGUGUGGGGCUUAGUUUACAGUGGAACACACCAGCGCUUGCUCUCCUGUUCAGCAGAUGGCACUAUACGGUUAUGGAAAGCUUUGGAGACCUCUCCAGCGCUGAAUAUAUUUAAUGAUAAUCAAGAGAUGGGGAUUCCAUCUUCUGUGGAUCUUGUGAGCAGUGACCCAAGCCACAUGGUAGCAUCAUUUAACAGUGGGAACACAAGCAUUUUUAACAUGGAAACGAGACAACGGAUUCUCACCUUGGAGUCCAACAUAGAUACUACUGCUAGCUCUUCUUGCCAAAUAAACAAAGUAAUCAGCCAUCCUACUCUUCCAAUUAGUAUCACUGCCCAUGAGAACAGACACAUCAAAUUCUAUGACAAUAACACAGGAAAACUGAUUCAUUCCAUGGUAGCGCACUUGGAUGCAGUCACAAGUUUAGCUGUUGACCCAAAUGGCUUGUACUUGAUGUCUGGCAGCCACGACUGUUCAAUACGCUUAUGGAACCUUGAAAGCAAGACUUGUAUUCAAGAGUUUACGGCUCAUCGCAAAAAAUAUGACGAAUCCAUUCACGAUGUGGCAUUUCACCCCUCCAAAUGUUAUAUUGCCAGUGGAGGAGCAGAUGCACUUGCUAAAGUCUUUGUAUGACGCAAUGCUUCCCCUCCCUUCUAGCUGCCGGG